AGAAGUAAGGGUUUUGGUUGUUACCUCCCAUCCUGAGCACUCCGGUGCAUCAUGGAGGCUGUGGUGAGAGUAAAGAAAUCGCUGAGGACACCCAUUAGGAAGCUGACCGGCUGUGUGUCGGGGGUGAAGGAGAGGAAGUUGUGUGCCAGACGCAGGGACAGGAGGGGCAGAGGUGGGAGAGGAAGCGGAGGAUGCAACAGGUUGGGGAGGACCCCUCCUCUCCGAGCUGCACACCCCAAAGAUCCGUCAAUCAUCCGAUCAUACCAGGCAGACCUGGAGAAGGAGAGGAAGCUGCGGGAAGAAAUGAACGCUCAGAAGAAUGCAGAGAGAGCUGCUAUGAGAGCUCACUUCAGGAGAAAAUAUCAGCUGUCUGAGAACUCCAAGGACACAAACCACCUGAGGUCUGUUGGGGGGAAAGUGUCGCUCCCCCACAAGCUGUUGAAGAUCGUUCAUCCUGAAACCAAAACCAAGGACAAUGGCUUCAACCUGCUGAGUGCCUUUCAAGGCCUCAGUUUUGGCACAGCAGCACUCACAGGGGGGAAACACAGCAAGACGUCCACUCUUGCACAAGAAAGUUGGGCCUCUUGUAAAGUCAUGUGAUCAGGGGAGAGCGGGGUGAGUUGAGCCAGUUUUUACUUGAGGUGUCUUUAAAGUGAACACAUGGCAGUAAUGUCUCCAACUAAAAUAUGUAAUAUAUAUCAGGAUGUGGUGCAUCCCUGGGAAUAAUCACUAUGUAACUAAAAUACACUGUUUUCAAAAUAUGACUUUCCAAAAGAAAGUGCCCCUCUUGGCUCAACUUGACCCCAGUGAGGGGUAAGUAGAGCCUAGGGAGAGGAUAAGGUAUGCCACAUGGGGGUCAGGGACAUCAGUGUAAUUUUGACGUGCCCAACUCAAAUGCCAGUUCAUGUAUUGACUUCCCAUUAUGUAUAUAUAUAAAUGCAUGGAGUGAUGGUUUUAUUUUGGUGAUAAAAUAUAAUAAUGCAAUGUAGAAUUACACAAUAAUCAUGACUCCUUGAACAUAAAAAUCUAUCACUUAUUUCAUGGGCCUCUCUCCAUCACAGAGUGAGUAAAAUGGAUGACUUUUCAAAAAUGUGUCGUCACAUGACCAAUUUUAGUUAUGGGUACUGAGAAACAAGGGGUGGCUCAACUUCCCCACAGGCUCAUAUCAUCCCUCUCUCCUCUAUGUCAUCACAGGGACCAUCAGUACUAUACACCGCCUUCUGAUUGUGCUAGUUGUUAAAAGAAAUGCAGGGCAAAUACCCUCAUACAUAACUACUGCUUAAAAUCUUACAUCAGACUCAGUCCAAUCAUCUCUGUCACACACAAUGAAACCAUGUUAUUGACACUGUCUUUUUGUACUUAUUUUUUCUUCUUCUUUGUAGCAAUAGCAGUGUUUAACUGUCAGAUAAUUUAAUAUCUCAUAUAAACAAUGAACCAAAUAUUAAUUGAAGUGGGUUGAGAAUGUGAUCAAACCUGUAAAUGUAAUGAAUUAAAUGUAUACAUACACCAGUCAGUGAAAGCUAACUCACAAGUGAUGUUAUAUUUUGUUUUAACUGAUACAAUAAUGAUAUUGAUUAAUAAAACAAUGACUCAAGUUAACAUUGUUAUUGUUCUUAGAGGUGUUGGGGGUCAAUAAAAUCAUUACAUGAUCAGUUAAAUAAUCAGUAAUACUCUUUUGUUAAUGAGAUUCAUAAUUAGGUUUUCACAUUUUCUGUCAACUGUUCAUCACAUUUGCUCCCCAUUUAGAUCCUCAUUUAGUUAUAUUCUAAUUACUCAUUAGUUUAUAAUAUACAUAAUAAAAUAUAGAAGCUACUGUAGCUAAUUUCUUCUUACAAGGCUAUCUCAUCUCUCUAAAUUUAGAGAGAUGUGACAUUUAGAGUCGAAAUGAUAUAGAUCCAGUUGGGCGAUCUAUAUACACAAGUAAGGAACCUCAGGGCGACAUGUUGACGUUUUGUCACACAUUCACAGAAGUAAUGAAAUAACAUCCAGUGUACUCAUUUUGUAUAUUUGAUUAACUGAGAAAAUGUUUUUUUGUUGUUAUUUGUGUGUACAUGAGCCAAAUUGUAUCUGUAAUGUAUAUGAGCCAAGUUUUAAGCCAUUAGUUUCUUGAUUGUCAUUGAGUUGAUAAUGGUGAGAAAAUAGUCUUAAGGUGCCUAAUCAAAGGUUUUUAUACAAGAGGAAGCAGAAACCCUACAAAAUAAUAUAGAGUAGUCGACAGUCAUGGUCUUUUUUUGUUUUGUUGGAUAGCUGUGUCAAAAACCUAUAAUAAAGACAUGUUUGACCA